AUGCCGGCUCUUCCACAGUUUGAUUACAUCUUUGCUAUUGGCACCAUCUUCGCAUUCCUGGACGCGUGGAACAUUGGAGCCAAUGAUGUAGCUAACUCCUUCGCCACAUCCGUGGCCAGUCGUUCUUUGUCUCUUAAGCAAGCCAUGUGCAUCGCCUCCGUGAUGGAGUUCGCCGGAGCGAUGCUAGUCGGUUCCCGCGUCACUGAUACCAUCCGAACCAAGGUUAUCAGCACAAAACUGUUCGAAGAUGACCCAUCGGUGCUCAUGUUGGGCAUGAUGUGUGCUAUUGUCGGAUCCGCCACCUACCUUACAAUUGCUACCAGGUUCACAAUGCCCGUAUCCACAACCCACUCGAUCAUGGGCGGUGUCAUCGGUGUCGGUAUCGCUGCCUCUGGCCCGCAGGGCAUUAACUGGUCGUUCAAGGGUGUCUCUCAGGUUUUCGCCGCCUGGGGUAUCGCUCCUGGUAUAGCAGGUGGCUUUGGUGCCAUCGUAUUCUUGAUCACCAAAUACGGUGUCAUGCGUCGCAACAACCCGGUAUACAAGGCCUUCAUUAUGGUGCCGAUCUAUUUUUUCGUCACCUCGUUCCUACUAUCCCUUCUCAUCUGCUGGAAAGGUGGGUCUUCGAAGAUCGAUCUUACCGAUAUCCAAGCUGUAUGGGUUUCCAUCGUCGUCGGUGUAGUAGUCGCUCUUGUUGUUGCAACAUUUUUCAUCCCCUUCCUGUAUCGUCGCAUCAUCAAGGGUGACUGGGAGCUCAGGAACUGGCAGGUAGUCCAGGGUCCUCUUCUUCUCCGUCGCCCUGAGCCCACCCCACGCCCAGAGGGUAUGACCGCUGGCAACAUCCCAGACUUCUAUGCCGGACAUCUUACGGCGGAGGAACUUGAAGCAAAGCGCACUGGAGAAGGCCAACCCAUACACGACGACAUCGAGAAGGGUGCUAUCCACUCGGUAAAUGCAAAGGCGACUAGCUCCGACUCCGAUAUUACCCCAAUCGAAUCUGCACACCCGGUUACUGCCACUCCCGCGAGGCAACUCUCGACACCUAAGAAGCAGCCUCCUCCUGGUCCGUGGUACACACCUGCCGUCGCCUUCUGGUGGGCCAAAUACGCUAUCUUUCACGGUGUCGAACAAGACGUCGUCUCUCAGCAAAGCCACAAGGAUUUCCUAUCUGGUGACAUCGAGAAGGUCCAUGCCACUGGCGAACACUACGACAAUAGGGCUGAAUACACUUACUCUUUCCUACAAAUCAUGACUGCCUCAACCGCUUCUUUCGCUCAUGGUGCCAACGACGUUAGCAACGCUAUCGGACCAUACACCGCCAUUUACUUCAUCUGGUCAACGGGAAAGAUUUCUAGCAAGGUACCAGUUCCCCUCUGGAUUCUCGCCUUCGGAGGUGCCAGCAUUGUUGUCGGUCUAUGGACCUACGGCUACAACAUCAUGCGCGCGCUGGGUAACAAGAUCACUCUGCACUCACCAUCGCGUGGAUUUUCGAUGGAGUUAGGCGCAGCGAUUACUGUGAUCUUGGCUACCAAGCUCUCGCUUCCUGUUUCGACUACUCAGUGUAUUACUGGUGCUACUGUUGGUGUCGGUCUCUGCAAUGGUACUUGGAGGACGAUCAACUGGCGCAUGGUUGCUUGGAUCUACAUGGGCUGGAUCAUCACUCUCCCUUGUGCUGGUAUUAUCUCCGGAUGCUUGAUGGGUAUCAUCCUAAAUGCGCCAAGGUGGGGUAACGGUGUGUAG